AUGGCCGAUGAAGAGAACAUAAAUGAUACAGAAGUCCUUGAUGAGGAACCACGUAGCAUUUUGCUAGGGCUCAUCUCUCAACUACGCAAAGGAAUGGAUUUGCAUAGGGUGACUCUGCCAACAUUUGUUCUUGAACCACGAAGCAUGUUAGAGAGGAUCACUGACUUUAUGAGUCACCCUGAGUUAAUUCUAAGAGUACCAAAGCAAGAUGAUGCUCUCCAACGGUUCGUAAACGUUGUGAGGUAUUACUUAUCUGGGUGGCAUAUAAAGCCUAAGGGUGUAAAAAAACCAUAUAAUCCAGUAUUAGGUGAACAUUUUCGUGCAAGGUGGAAAUUUCCGGAUGCCACUGAAAGUUUUUUUGUAUCCGAACAAGUAUCUCAUCAUCCACCAAUUUCUGCAUAUUAUUAUGCAAGUCCCGAAAAUAACAUAAUCAUUGCUGGUGAUAUACGACCAAAAUCAAAAUUUUUGGGAAACAGUGCUGCAACGUUGAUGCAUGGAGAAUCAAAGAUCUUUUUUACUAAUCGUCCUGGUGAAGUUUACCGAAUUACAAUGCCAAAUGUAUAUGCACGCGGCAUUCUAUUUGGAAGAAUGGUAUUGGAACUAGGCGACAAUGCUACUGUUCGGUGUGAGAAACAUGAUUUAAUCUGUGAGCUUGAAUUUCGGACCAAGGGUUUUUUCACGGGAUCAUAUAACUCUAUUUAUGGAAAGAUAAAGCGGGAAUCUACGGGAGAGAGCCUUUUUGAAAUCACUGGUAAAUGGUCAGACGUUAUGUACAUUAAAGAUCUUGUGGAAGUAUUAUUUAGUGUUCGAGAAUCUAAAAUAUAUCCAAAGAUUGUGGCUCCAGAGGAGGAGCAAGAAGAAAAUGAAUCUCGGCGUUUAUGGUCGAAAGUCACAAGUGCCUUAAUAGGGAGGAAUUUGGACCUCGCUACAGACGAAAAAACCAUAAUUGAGGACAAUCAACGUAAUGAAGCAAAACUUCGAGAAGCUGAAGCGAGCUUAUCAGAUUCUAACAACCUCGUUUCUGUAAAUGAAUUUUCAGAAAAUCAACAAUUCCGGUUUUUCGCUUUACAGCAUUCACGCAGAAUCGCUUAUGUUGAUGAUCAUGAAUUUAUUAGUGUUACAGUUAAUUUUACAUGCUGUGUCUAG